AAAGAAGCAUAGAGCAAUUUUCAUUCAUUCAUUCAUACAAACAAACUUCAAUUCAAAAAGAGAUAUAAACUAAAUGGCUAUUACCCGUGUUGCUCUAUGCCUUAGCUUUGCAUUCCUCUUCUAUGCUGUUGGAGGAGCUACAGUGACAUUCACAAAUAGAUGCGGAUACACAUUAUGGCCAGCAACCCUAACCGGAGACCAAAAACCUCAACUAUCAACAACAGGUUUUGAGUUAGCAUCUGGAGCAACAAACACAAUUGACCUUCCUUCUCCAUGGUCUGGUCGAUUUUGGGCUCGUACCGGAUGUUCAAACAACAAUGGAAAGUUUAGCUGUGCUACAGCCGAUUGUGCUUCUGGUGAAGUAGAGUGCAAAGGUGCGGGUGGAAAUCCACCGGCAACAUUGAUAGAAAUAACAGUGGCAUCAAAUGGAGGACAAGAUUUCUACGAUGUAAGCAAUGUUGACGGGUUCAAUGUGCCGAUGUCUGUAACUCCACAAGGUGGGAGUGGCGAUUGCAAAGAAUCUAGUUGUCCAGCGAAUAUCAACUCAGUGUGUCCUGCUGAUCUUCAAAUGAAAGGUUCCGAUGGAAGUGUGAUUGCUUGUAAGAGUGCUUGCUUGGCUUUUAAUACAGAUCAAUAUUGUUGCCGUGGAAGUUACAGUACCGCGGAGACAUGCCCACCCACAAGUUACUCUCAGGUUUUUGAGGACCAAUGUCCUGGUGCUUACAGCUAUGCUUAUGAUGAUAAGAGCAGCACUUUUACUUGCUCUGGUGGACCUAGCUAUGCCAUCACCUUCUGUCCUUAAUUAUAUUAAAAUGCUGGCUACCUUCUAAAAAACAGUUAUGCUCUGUUUAAAAUAAAAUAGGUGGCUAUAAACAUAAACAUGAAUAUAACCUAAUUAUGAAUAAAAUAUCAUGUGUUUUCUAUUAUUACAUUGAUGAUGAUAAUGAAUGACUUUGAUUGUUUUUAUGUUUAA